GGGACUCGAGCACGCGGCACGCCGCCAGUUCCCCCACGAGACCAACCCUGCGCCCUCGCGUGCGGCCGCGCCGCGUUGCCGCCGGCCGCCGCCCGAGCGCGCCUCCGCCCGCCCCCUUCGACUCCUGCGGCUCCUACUGGUGCUGGCCUUCUCUGGCCUCUGGGCGGGCUCGCGCUUCCCGCUGGCUGACGGCGCCCCGUGCGGCUGCGCCCUGACACCACCUCCGCGGCCUGCUCCGUCAGCAUCCCGCAGCCCCGCAUCGGCCUACACCCGUGGCCCUUCGCCCGGCCACCCCGAGCGGCAGGGGCCACGGGCAACUGCCGCAGCAGGCAGCAGCCAUUGGUCGAUUUAGCGCUAGCGUUCCGCUCUUCUGGGUAUUGGGCUAUUAGCAGUCUGUUUGGUGCCGAUGAGCAAGAAGAGGAAGUCCCUGAAACCAGCCAAAUCGUUGAGAGAUGCUGAAGAAGUACUAACUUCAGAUUACAUUGCAGGAGACGCUCUUGAUGACCUAUUGUCGAAACUUGUCAGGAGUGUGGAGGUUGCAAAGGUUUCUAGGGGAGGUUUACCAGAAAAGAUAUGGAUGAAGAAACAAUUUGCUAUCGGGGUCAAUGACGUGACAAGGGUUCUUGAGCGAAUGCCUCCGGCUACUGCCACUAAUUCUACUCAUAGUUCUACUGAAGCACAAACUGUCUCAGGUCGGCGUAGAGCUCCUUUGGUGCCACUGCAGGCUGUCCUUGUUGCAGCCGAUUGCAAUCCCAAGUGGUUAACAAAACAUAUACCAACCCUGGCAUCUACAAGGCAGGUUCCCGUACUCUGCAUCAAGGACAACAAAGGAGGCUCAGUGAGGUUGGGUCAUGUGGUGAAUAUCAGAACAACACUUGCCAUUGGAGUAAAGGCUGGAGACAGCAUGGUCAACAAGACUAUCGACGAGGUCCUGGAUUGUAGUAAGCAAUGAACCAUAAAUUAUCUCUGGGAGCAGCAAAUGAUGGAUAAAAAAGUUUGAAUUCCUCGGCAUGCAACAGUUCCAGAUCAUCUGAGAGAUGGGUUAACAUCUGACAUAGAAGAAGUUUUAGAAGGGGGUAAACGAUUCUACCAGAUAGUGGCAAGAUCAAUUUUCUUACACUGAUACUCGGAGAAACCUUUCCACCAAUACCCAUGGGGAAUAGGCGUACAACUCUGUUUGAACGGAUUGCAAAGAUAUUUGUGCAUUGCAUGCCCAUUGUGAUCUUAGAUUGUCGAGCGCCUAUGUUCUUCUCUGUUACCAACAAUAGUUGAUAAUGUUGGCAUAAUUGUAAUUUUGAAUGUUUAAUGUGUCAAGUUCUUGAGACACCACA